GAGCAAGGCGUGUCCGUUUGCUGGAGAAUCAGGAAGUACGUUGACGUUACGGCGGAGAAGCCCCUCCUCAAGCUCGAAUGUGCGUGUGACCGCGGCGCUCCUUCGCUCGGCUGCCAGAAUCAUCGCCAGCUUCCCCGGCCAGCUGUCGCCGCAUCCACUCAUGGACGACCCAGCGGUGGUUACGGCGGGUCAGACGACUGUCACCGGGAAAGGAGGGGCAGGUGGAGGAGCGGUCAACCCGGACUACACGGCCUUUGUGCUGGUGCCCGUCUUCUUCCUCCUGGGCUUGCUGGGGGUGGUCAUCUGCCACGUGCUGAAGAGGAAGGGCUACCGGUGUACCACUGAGGCGCAGGAUGAGGAGGAGGCAUGCGAAGAAGUGGACAAGGAUCUGGAGCUGGGAGGAGAGCUCAACGACACUCUGAGUGAAAACAACGACACCGUGGGACAGAUCGUCCACUACAUCAUGAAUAAUGAAGCCAACUCGGAUGCUCUGACAGCCAUGGUGCACGAAACCAGCAUCGAUUCUGAUGGUGCACCCGUCACCCCCACCUCCCCCUACUCGCCCUCGCCGCCCAUGACCCCGGUGUCGCCGGGAGCGCCGCCGGAGGCCGCCAAGCACACCUGCAACCACCUGCACACCAUCGGCGGUGUCGGCGGCCACAAGAACAUCUGCACGCGCUGCAGUCAGAAGAAAUGGCCGCUCAUGAGCAAGCCCGUCACCGCCAUCCGCAAGGCGGAGCAGCGGCGCAGACACUCGGGGGAAGUCACCGUGUUGUCCGUGGGCAGGUUCCGUGUGACAAAGUGUGAUAAACCAGCCAGGGAACGGCGGACGCUGCUGAUAGCGGACUCUAACGGCAGCGUGCCGUCAGAGGAGGUGGCGUCCAACAGCCGGACUGUGUCUGAGAGCCAGGAGGAAGAGAACAGCAUGGACGUGGAGAAAUGAUGACAAGUCCAUUCCUCAAAAAGACAAAAUCAUCUGCAUACUUUUUAAAAGUGGAGAAUACGGUGGGCAGAUGGGAUCCUAACCCCACUUUCACUUGGGGCCACACUGACGCAGCCACAUGAGCCACUUAUUACCCGGCUCGGUAGGAGAAGUUCUUCAAUAUUUAAUUCCUCCCGAAAGACAUGCAGAGAGCUUCGUAUCUCUCGGUCCAGCGGUGUGACAUCAUACAUGUUUCCGGGUGGAGCGUGUGGCAGCUCGAUGAUAUAGGACUUCUUGAACCGGUACAGCCAGUCUGUGUCCAAAACAAAACAAACAAACGAAGUAGGAAUAACCUACGGGGCCAGGAAAGCUGUGUGGAGCCUUGGCAGGUGUAAUCAUAAGAAAUAAAGCAUCAUCCUGUGCACCAGCCGGGAGGAAUAUAUCAAUUAGUGCAAUGUAUAAUGGCUUCUUUGUGCCACUGAGACAUUUAAAAAUGUUACAUUUUAUUGGUUCAACUUGGUUUUCUACAGCAUGUUAGGAAAGCACUUGUUUUUAACUCAGCCUACUAUUAUUAAUAUAUGAUGAUGCCGUGAAGGGACAACAUUAUGGGGUGCGUUCACACUUGCCAUGUUUGGUUCAUUUCAAAAGAACUCUGGUGCGUUUUUUGCUCUGCUCGUACGGUUCGUUUGGUCGAGUGCAAAAGCGUUCGUCUGAACAAGCGGACCGAGACUCUGGUGCAGUUUAAAUGAUUCAGAAUGAUGGUAAAAAAGCACUUUAAAUGUGUAUUUUAAAAGCUUUUUGUGAAACCUAGGCUGGUAAAUAUUAUGUUACAUAAAAACAACUGCAGAUGGCUUUGCUGUGUGUGUUCUUGUAUUUCUACCCUUCUUGAGACAACAAGGAAAUGUACCUUCCAUAUGAGGACCGGUGAACAAGUUAGGACCGAAAUCAUGGUCCCAAUACGGAAAACCCGUUGCAUCUAAUAGAGAAUGUCUCAUUUGCACCCCUGGUGUUGAAAUCUAUCAAAAUUAGGGUGGUCCCAAAAAGGAAGGAUUUUUCAAAUUGACUGUUGGGUUUAAAAGUGCUCCCCCUUAUGGUCAACAUAUGAAAUAACUGUGUAAAAAAUUUGAAGUGCUCCUCCUCUGGCCAACAUAUGUAAUAACAAGUGUGUAUAAGAAAUUGAAAAGAUUAAAAAAAAUAAUUAAAUAUGUAUAUAGAGACGUACUGUAAUAACUUGAAGUAAAUAAUGAAAAUUAAAAAAAAAAGUUUUUUAAUUUUCAUUAUUAUUAUUAUUAUAUAUUAUUUCAUAAUUAUUAUUAUUAUAUUAUUAUUCAAACACAAUUUUUAAUAAAAAAAUAUUUUUUUAUAUUUGCAUAGUAUGUAUAUAUUAUUUAUGUUGUAAUCACAGAUCUUUAUAUAUCUAGAAAGGGUGGUAAAGAGGUAGGCAUUUUUCUCAGGUCUCAAGAAGGUAACAAAUACAAGUGUGUGUGUGUGUGUGUGUGUGUGUGUGUGUGUGUCAGCCCAGCACAGCGCUCCUUUUAAAAGUAUGUUUUAAGAACUCUUGGUGAAAUAUAAGCUGGUGAAUAUAGCAAAAUAUAAAAGUAACCAAAAAUAAUCAACCCAUUUUGGUUUGAAAUAUUUGAGUGACAUCAGGCAAGCUACCUAAUCAAGCCUUUAAUUGAUGUCCUCGCCUUUGGUUGCGUGACAAAAAUACCGGCGUGGACCAAAGUGCGCACUAAGCCCCCUCUCUUUACAGUUCCGAACCCGAAAGUGUGAACGCAACCUUCGAGUGUUGGAAGCAGCCAAGUUCUGUUCGCACAUCUUUUCCGGGCGGGCGGGGGGCCUUCGGUUUUGUCUGUCAUGUUGAAAAAAAAAUGUGCGGCUGAGCUCCGUGGAAACCAAAGCAAGAGCGUUGACGUCCGUCUACCUCUUCUCGCCUUCCUGCGGGGUCAUUUCAGCUUUUUCAUUGUGCCACGUUUGUUUUGAAAGCAUUGCAUAUAUUUGUACGUGUUUUAUUGAUUGCUGUGUUUUUAUUUAAUGACAAAAAAAUAAAGAUGUAUACAUAUCAGA